CCGCAUUAACCAACCGGAGGUGUAAUCAUCGCAAUAAAUUCUUUUCAGGCACGAAACGAUACCCUCAGCUCCCGUCACGCCACUGUCGGCCGAUUCUACCAGCCCCCUGUCCCCCACUUCAGCUUAUUUCACGACAUCCGAGGGAAAGGCGAGGUUCCUGACGAGAUACUCCCGGGAUGUCACGACGGAGGGAUUAACACAUCAAGAGGAUGCGCCGACGAUUGUACCAACGAACAGCCUUGACCUUAGGCAAAAAAAAGGAGGAAUUGAUGAUGCGCCUCGACAGGAAAUUAGUGGUUCUCAGGGCCGAGCAGGACGCCGUAAGAGAGGAGGGUGAAGUGAACGAGGCUCUAGGUGCGCGAGUCGCCGCUCGCGUUUCCGUUGUGGCUCGUCCGCCGGAAGCAUCCAAGUAUCGGAAUCACGUAGAGGAAGUCGGCAAGAUUACGAGUCUUCUUCUCGGCCUUAGCGGCAGGUUGGCUCGCGCUGAGAACGCCCUUUAUGGAAUGCCGGCCGAUCACGCGGAGAGAAAAAUUUUAGAGAGCAAACGAGACAAAUUAAUGGAUCAAUUAGAAGAAGCGAAGAUUCUGAAGAAUAAUAUUGAUAAACGUAGCGUAAACAUGUCAGCGAUCCUAGCUAAGUACCUGAACGAAGAGGAAUUUGCUGACUACCAGCAUUUCAUUAACAUGAAGGCGAAGCUGAUAGUGGACGGUCGCGAGAUACAGGACAAGGUGAAGCUUGGCGAGGAGCAAUUAGCUGCGUUGAAAGAGGCAAUUGACUAGUCGUAACGAAGGACUUACAUGCUAAGUUAUUAUGAAAUUGAUUCGUAAAUAGCUGUGCAUUUCCAAGCGUGAACAAUGAUGUUUCGCAUAAUGAGUCAAGUUGAUUCGAAAGUAUAAGUUAAUAAGGGUGAAAAGUUACGGGGACGCACAAAAAAGAAACGAUACGGAAAGAAAUAUGUACAUCUUUUAAAUGGGUCAACUUUCAAUCAUUGUCUAAAAAAAUAAUACAAAAAUUAUUUUUGUAAUAUUUGUAUUUUUGUAAAUAAUUUGUGUUGUUUACUUUAAGAAUUAACAGUGGUUAAUUAAACAUUUUUGAAAAUUUAAAUAAGAAACACAUUGAAAUUAAAUCUAUAGAACCAUAUCCCGUAACGACAAAUAUAACGUUUGAUAUAACGUUACGAAAAUGCUGUGUAACUUAAUACAUAUUAAAGUAAUGUGAAAAUUAAAUGCAUAAAAUUUUCCUUGCAUAUGAAAUAAAAACAGGUUAAACCUGAUAUCCUUACGAUCCAAGUGUGAUCCCGAAGCCUUAAAUGCCUAGUCUUUGUUAAGCUUGCAUCAAUUUUGUCGUGUUUCCCCGGUGAUCCACAAAAAGAAAAUUAAUGUAUCACUUAUACAUUGUGACAUAUUAAAGAAAAAAUUACGAGGCGUUAUGGUACAAUACAAAUAAAGAUUAUAAAAGUUAUUGUUUCAGAUUUCUUUUCUUUCUAAGAGAAAUUAAAAUUUUGCGUAAGAAUGAUCAUAACAGUUACAAAAUACAUUUGUAAAUAUAAAUACCAAGAACAAUAUGAAGUUCUGACUAACAGAUUGUGCG